GUUUAAAAGGCAGAUGGGCCUCUGGCCAGAGCAUUCAGCUCUGCAGCCAGCCACAGCCACCCGUGGGCUCUAAGAGUAUCCAGACUUCCGGACCCUCUCAGGGCGGGUGCCAUGUGACCCCAGCUUGGCUCACCUCCAGCCGGCCUUCCUUCCUUCCCUCCUCCUGCCCGCGUGGGCCUGCCCAGCUUCUCUAGAGAAGGACGCUCAGCACCAUGUCUCUGCUCAACUCUGUCCUGCUGCCCCCCAAGGUGAAGGCUUAUCUGAGCCAAGGGGAGCGCUUCAUCAAAUGGGACGAUGAAACUACAGUAGCCUCCCCGGUUAUCCUCCGUGUGGAUCCCAAGGGGUACUACUUAUAUUGGACAUAUCAGAGUAAGGAGAUGGAGUUUCUGGAUAUCACCAGCAUCAGGGAUACCCGCUUUGGGAAGUUUGCCAAGAUACCCAAGAGCCAGAAGCUCCGGGAUGUCUUCAACAUGGACUUCCCCGACAACAACUUCCUGCUCAAGACGCUCACUGUGGUGUCUGGCCCUGACAUGGUGGACCUCACCUUCCACAACUUCGUCUCCUACAAGGAGAAUGUGGGCAAGAACUGGGCCGAAGAUGUGCUGGCCCUGGUUAAGCACCCCCUGACGGCCAAUGCCUCCCGCAGCACCUUCUUGGACAAAAUCCUGGUAAAACUCAAGAUGCAGCUCAACCCCGAAGGAAAGAUUCCUGUGAAAAAUUUUUUCCAGAUGUUUCCUGCUGACCGCAAGCGGGUGGAAGCUGCCCUCAGUGCCUGUCACCUCCCAAAAGGCAAGAACGAUGCCAUCAAUCCUGAGGACUUCCCAGAAUCCGUCUACAAGAGUUUCCUCAUGAGCCUCUGUCCUCGGCCAGAAAUAGACGAGAUCUUCACUUCCUACCACGCCAAGGCCAAACCCUACAUGACCAAGGAGCACCUGACCAAGUUCAUCAAUCAGAAGCAGAGGGACCCCCGUCUGAACUCUUUGCUGUUUCCACCGGCACGGCCUGACCAGGUGCGGGGCCUCAUCGACAAGUAUGAGCCCAGUGGCAUCAACGUGCAGAGGGGCCAGCUCUCCCCGGAGGGCAUGGUGUGGUUUCUCUGCGGGCCCGAGAACAGUGUGCUGGCCCAGGACAAGCUGCUGCUCCACCAGGACAUGACGCAGCCACUCAGCCAUUACUUCAUCAACUCCUCACACAACACCUACCUGACAGCCGGCCAGUUCUCUGGCCUUUCGUCGGCCGAGAUGUACCGGCAGGUGCUGCUGGCUGGCUGCCGCUGCGUGGAGCUGGACUGCUGGAAGGGCAAGCCCCCUGACGAGGAGCCCAUUAUCACCCACGGCUUCACCAUGACCACAGACAUCUACUUCAAGGAAGCAAUUGAAGCCAUUGCAGAAAGUGCCUUUAAGACCUCCCCCUAUCCUGUCAUCCUGUCAUUUGAAAACCACGUGGACUCACCCCGCCAACAGGCCAAGAUGGCCGAGUACUGCCGGAUGAUGUUUGGGGAUAUGCUGCUCACAGAGCCCCUGGAAAAGUUCCCGUUGAAACCAGGCAUCCCCCUGCCCAGCCCUGAGGAUCUCCGAGGCAAGAUCCUCAUCAAGAACAAAAAGAACCAGUUUUCUGGCCCAGCAGCCCCCAGCACUGAGGGCAGCUGCUCCCCCACCGCCUCUGUGGGUGAGGACACCGUGUGGGCUGGUGAGCAAGGGGCCGAGCCGGAGGAGGAGGAGGCGGAAGAGGCGGAGGAGGAGGAAGAGGAGGAGGAGGAGGAGGAGGAGGAGUCGGAGUCGGGGAACCUGGAUGAGGAGGAGAUCAAGAAGAUGCAGUCGGAUGAGGGCACAGCGGGCCUGGAGGUGACAGCUUAUGAGGAGAUGUCCAGCCUAGUGAACUACAUCCAGCCCACCAAGUUCAUAUCCUUUGAGUUCUCUGCCCAGAAGAACCGAAGUUACGUCAUCUCGUCCUUCACAGAGCUCAAGGCCUAUGACCUGCUUUCCAAGGCCUCAGUGCAGUUUGUGGACUACAACAAGCGCCAGAUGAGCCGCAUUUACCCUAAGGGCACCCGCAUGGACUCCUCCAACUACAUGCCCCAGAUGUUCUGGAAUGCCGGUUGCCAGAUGGUUGCCCUCAACUUCCAGACGAUGGACCUGCCCAUGCAGCAGAACAUGGCGCUGUUUGAGUUCAAUGGGCAGAGUGGCUACCUCCUCAAGCAUGAGUUCAUGCGGCGGCCCGACAAGCAGUUCAACCCCUUCUCGGUGGACCGCAUCGAUGUGGUUGUAGCCACCACCCUUUCUAUUACGGUGAUUUCUGGGCAGUUCCUGUCGGAUCGCAGUGUGCGCACGUAUGUGGAAGUGGAGCUGUUUGGCCUUCCUGGGGACCCCAAGAGGCGCUAUCGCACCAAGCUGUCACCCAGCGCCAACUCCAUCAAUCCUGUCUGGAAGGAGGAGCCUUUUGUCUUUGAGAAGAUCUUGAUGCCUGAGCUGGCCUCCCUCAGGGUGGCUGUAAUGGAGGAAGGCAACAAAUUUCUUGGACACCGCAUCAUCCCCAUUAAUGCCCUGAAUUCUGGCUACCACCAUCUGUGCCUACACAGCGAGAGCAACAUGCCCCUUACCAUGCCCGCACUUUUUGUCUUCCUGGAGAUGAAGGACUAUGUACCUGACACCUGGGCAGAUCUCACCGUGGCUCUUGCCAAUCCCAUCAAGUUCUUCAGUGCCCAUGACAAGAAGUCUUUGAAGCUGAAGGAAGCCAUGGGAGGUCUGCCUGAGAAACCCUUCCCGCUUGGGAGUCCAGUUGUCGGCCCGGUCAAUGGGGCGUUGGCCCCAACGAGCAACGGCUCUGCAGCUGCCGGGUACAGGGCCAAGGAGGAGACCACGAAAAAAGCUGCGGAGCCGCAGACCGCCAGCCCGGAGGAGCUGCGGGAGCUAAAGGGCGUCGUGAAGCUGCAGCGGCGGCACGAGAAGGAGCUGCGGGACCUGGAGCGGCGGGGCGCGCGGCGCUGGGAGGAGCUGCUGCAGAGGGGCGCGGCGCAGCUGGCCGAGCUGGGGCCGCCGGGCGCGGGGGGCUGCGGGGGUCGCAGGCUCGGCCCGGGGAAGGGCUCUCGCAAGAAGAGGACCCUGCUCUGCGAGCAGGCCGCCGGGGCCGCGCCCAGCGAGGGCCGCGAGGGCCGCGAGGGCCCCGAGGGCGCGGACGCGCGUGCGCGCGAGCUGAAGGACCGGCUGGAGCUGGAGCUGCUGCAGCAGGGUGAGGAGCAGUACGAGUGCAUCCUGAAGCGCAAGGAGCAGCGCGGGGCGCAGCAAAUCGCCAAGAUGAUGGAGCUGGCCAGAGAGAAGCAGGCUGCGGAGCUGAAGACCCUCAAGGAGACCUUGGAGACUGACACCAAAGAGAUGAAGAAGAAGCUGGAGGCCAAAAGGCUGGAGCGGAUUCAGGCCAUGGUCAAAGUCACCUCAGACAAGAUGGCUCAGGAAAGGCUGAAGAGAGAGAUUAACAACUCUCACAUCCAGGAGGUGGUGCAGGUCAUUAAGCAGAUGACAGAGAACCUGGAGAAGCACCAGGAGAAGCUGGAGGAGAAGCAAGCGGCCUGCCUCGAACAGAUCCGGGAGAUGGAAAAGCAGUUCCAGCAGGACGCGCUGGCCGAGUACGAGGCCAGGAUGAAGGGCCUGGAGGCUGAGGUGAAGGAGUCAGUGAAGGCCUGCCUCAGGGACUGCUUACCCUCUGAGGCCAAGGACAAGCCUGAGAGGCCCUGUGAGGCCUUCAGGGAGCUGUGUGAGCAGGACCCGCUCACGGCCAAGGCGGGUGCCCAGGAGAGCUGCCUCUGAUGCCCUCAUCCUACUGGGACAUUCUGUAAGGACAUUCACUCUUCUCUGGGAUGAGGCUCCAUCCCCCCAGGAGGAAAGACCCUGGCAUUCUAAGGCUGUGGGAAGCGGGGACUCUUUUGGACUCUGGAGCUCCCUCCUCAGUAGCCAGGCUAGAGGAGGAGGAGGCGGGAACCAGGUACCAUCAGGGCGGGGGCCCAUCUGAGGUUUAGAGGUCCUCUCCAAUCUGACUUCCUACUCCUCGUCCUUCUUCUCUGCCUCUGAAUAAGUGUCAUAUAUAAAAUUGUUGAGGGCAAAAGGCUAUGGACUGGGAGGCAGGAAAUGGGGUCCUGGCCCCACUCCACCUUCCCUAGUGUGCAACUAGUGGUGCCCCACUCUCGACUCUGUGUCCUUACCUGGAGGGCUAGGUCUAGCUCCCUGGAACCGCCACUCUAGCGCCUCCAGGUCAAACAGGACCGAACUCCAAACCCUCCUGCUGUGAGGCCCCUUCUCAGACCUGUCCUGAGUUGGUUCCCGGAUACAGAGCCUGGCACUGCCUCUAAGCUCCCUGGGGAUGGCUGCUUCCAGGAUCCCAGGCUGAGGUCCCUUCCCUGGCCUCCUGCCUGUGGGGGAUGGGAGGCUGACAUGGAAAAGCUGCCUCAACAGUCUGCUGAGACAGCUGGGCCUGUGGUUAGGAGGGAGGGCUAAGGAAGGCCUUUGGGGCACUCACCUAGGCCUGAGGGGGGUACUUCCUAGUAUGUACCCCCACUCAGGCUGCCUGACGAGGUCAGCAUCAUUUUCUCUCCUGACUUUAUGAGGUUUAUUUAUUUUUCUCCUCACUCCUACUAAAGAGAACCCUGUCCCAAUA